AUGAAAAAUUCGGUGAAUAUCAAGCAAAACGACGACUCAUUGUUAAACGAUCUAAAUGAGUCAAAUUUAUGUGAUGAUCGAAAGGAGAUAUCGCCUAAAUUGACUUUUGAAAACGGCUCAGAUUUAUCGAUAUUGAAUAGUUCUUAUCAAAUUCCGGAUAUAUCAAAGAAAUAUAUUGAACCGAUAAUCCUUGAUACAUUGCUACCAUAUAUUCCCGUUUAUAUUCAUUUAAAAACGUAUGACUUAAAACCUAUCGAAAAGCCUCCAACUCCAUCUAUUUUAUCUGAAUUACGAUUAAGAUGUCAAGAUGAUAGUCAAUCAACCGAAAGAAUAAAUCAAACUGGUUGGAAACCGCGGCAAAGUGAAAAAAAUUUGAAAUUGAAAUAAAAUCUAAGCAAUUAUUUUGUUAAUAUAUA